AUGUUGUACAAGAACCUCUCAUCUGCUGCCAGCCCAAUGUCCUUCGCCAAGAAUGAUGCUGUCGUGACAUCUGCCACCGCCGGUGGAUCGGUCGACCAAUCCAGCAAUGACACUGCCUGCGGUUGCUUCCGUCGCCGUCGUGCCUUCAUCAGCAUCAACAUCAUCCUCGUUAAUGGUGGUGGCUUUGACAAUGAAUUUGGCAAUGGUUUUGGCAAAGGCUGGUGGUAA